UUUGAGCAAGGUGACGUCAUAAGUCAUUACUGUUGUUGUUCUUGUUGCAGUUGCGGAAGGAAAUUUUGUCAGUGUCACGACUGGUUUGAUUGCAGCAAAUCGCACCCUCAGACGGAGGAAGAUAUGUUCAGUAAGUGAAAAAGAAUACAGAUAGAUUGAGAGAUGUCCAAGCAGAUUUUCAGUAACUGUCUAGUGUGUCUAGUGUUGGAUUACUCAUUUUCAUUCAAGUUAAAGAAGAUUCUACGGGCACAGAUAACAGACAAUGAUGGAAUCAUUUCCUAUAUCGUUACAAAAAAGGUUACACAUAUGGUGGUAUCAGCCAAAGAGGACAGUGAGCCAUCAUACAAAAUAAAAACUGCCUUGAAAUAUGGGAUACCUGUUGUUUCAACUGACUUUGUAACUGCUUGCAUUGAAAAAGGAAAGUUGCUUCAUCCAGAUGACUUCAUUUUGUUUGGUACAAAACCAGCCAACAAUUUUAGCAGUGGGAAAGUCACAUCUACAGGAAAGUCUGAAGCAAAGGAACUAAAAUAUUCCAAAAUAGUCACAAAUGUCAAUCACAAGCAAUACCAGACCUGGUCAAAGGAAAGCGGCAAGUGUCCAUCUUUUCCAACACAUGGCUAUGAAAUAGCUAAUUUUGGACUUUUCGAGUCAUUUCUAACGGACAAUGCACAAUGUAUAGAGGUUCUUGAGUUGCAUGUCAAUUCCACUGAUGUUCAAACCUACGAUAAGAAGUUUCAGAUAUCAUAUCAAAGGACAGUUUUCCCAAAGAUAAGGUAAAUGUUUCAAACACCAUAAUUGUUUUGGGUAUAAUAACUUUAUGCUUCAGACAGGUCAAGAGCAACAUUUGUUGUAUCUUGUUCACACAACAUUUUCCAAGCUUUUUUUCAAAUAUAAGCCACAUGAUCUAUUCAU